AUGCAAAAUCAGAAGACGAAAGCCGAGCAACAACAGCACAAGGCAAAGCUCGUCAACUCGUACAAUCAGCUCCUAGAUCAGUUCAAUAGCAAAGAACUCAAGCACGUGGGCAAUUAUACCGUUGGCAGAUUCAUCGGCAAGGGAGCCUUCGGAAAGGUUUACCUCGCCCGCCAUGAUUUGUCUAACGGGUCAAAGGUUGUCCUCAAACAGUCAAGCAAGGAGGAUCACAAUCUUGCCCGCGAGAUACAUCACCACCGUCAAUUCGACCAUCCACACAUUGCGAAACUCUACGAGGUCAUCGUGACCGAGCUGAGCGUCUAUCUUGUCCUGGAAUACUGCCCAGGAGAUGAGUUGUACAACUAUCUGUGCAGGAAGGGCGCCCUCCCGGUCGAGACUGUACAGAAAAUAUUCACACAAUUGGUUGGCGCAGUUUGCUAUCUACACUCAAAACAAUGUGUGCACCGAGAUCUGAAAUUGGAAAACGUCCUACUGGAUAAGAAUGACAAUGUCAAGUUGUGUGACUUCGGUUUCACCCGCGAAUAUGAAGGGAAGGCAAAUUAUCUGCAGACCUUCUGCGGCACUGUCUGCUACAGCGCUCCUGAAAUGCUGAAGGGAGAGAAAUACGCUGCGGAGAAGGUUGAUGUCUGGUCACUGGGCAUCAUUCUGUACGCCCUACUUCGAGGCGAGCUCCCAUUUGAUGACGAUGACGACGCUGUUACGAAGGGCAAAAUCCUCAAUGAUGACCCCGUGUUCCCUGAUACUUUCCCUCAAACCGCAGUGAAUCUACUGAAGAAGAUGCUCUCGAAGAGGCCCUUCCCUCGACCAGCCUUGUCCGAUGUUCUGGCAGAUCCAUUUCUGGCCGACCAUGCUCCCGCCCAGCAAGUGAUUUUGAAGCUCACGCAGCCAGCACCGUUCUCGACUGAGCUAGAAAAAAAUGUGCUGGAGCGGAUGCGAAUGGCCGGCGUCGACAUCGACAAAGUCAUCGAGAGUGUGCUGAGCCAGAGAUGCGACGCUCUAUCUGGCUGGUGGACACUGCUGUACGAGAAAGAGCACCGCAAAGAAGCCAAAAGGGACCGCAAAAGGAAGGAACGAGAUGCUGAGAAGAAGUUACUCCGGCGGCUGAGUGGUGCUUCUGGCCGUCUUAGCACACUUCAGACUACAUUGCCAGAGGUGGAAGAGGAGAGUCGGCCAGGCUCUGGAUCAGCUCCUCAUCACGAUCGGGCACGCAGUGGUAGUCGUGGAAGAAGGAACAGGCGCUCAACUCCCCAAAUCAUGGUGACCGAUCUCCCUCAGCUUCCGGAGGGCAGCCCUGUCAAUUCGCCCAUCCUGAACCCGCCAAAGCCUGUUGACAAGGACAGUGUACGGUCCAGAAGCAACUCACGUGGCGUACGACCUCCAUUGCCACCAAAAGGCACUUCUCGGGAGUGGAAACGACGAAGCUCUAAUCUGCAGCUGGUGGUUUCCAAUUCUGAUCUCGUGGGUCCGGGUAACGGUGUAGCUAAGCGACAGACACGCGCUGGCAAAGCUCGACGCAACAAUCAAUUUCUCAAUUCAAUGCACGCAUUGAAGAGUUGGUUCGUUGAAUCCACGAAAAGGGCAAAGAGUCCUAUAGGCUCUCAAGACUCACAGAAAUCGCCAAGCUCGUCUAAGUUUGGCCUUGGGAAAGAGAAGAGCAAGUCUCAACCUCAGCUUUCGCUCCAUGUUCCAUUAUCCCCCAGGCAACGACCAGACAUGGACAGGUCUCACACGGGUCAGUCCACCUUACUUACACGUAAUAGCAGCUAUGGCAAUACACUCACGCCAGUCGCCUCGAAUGGCCCUCAGCCCUACCAUCACCAGAAGACAGGUUCCAAUGGUUCAGCUGGCUAUCGUGGCCGUGCGUCCAUCUCACCAUCACCAGUCACACCUCGAGGUAGCCGCCGCUUUUCCUCGAAUGCCGGUCUACGAGGCCGGAAAUCGACGUCGUCUUCAGUGUCCUCGGUCCGCUCCAUGCCCCGACACACCAAUCACAGCAAGGCGUCGAGCCAGUCCAGCGAAUCGGGGACUAUCCACUCACCAGGCGGGAGCCGUGCAAGCAGUAUGGGCCUACAUGGCGGCCGCAGCCCGCACUCCAGCCUGAAAGUCCUCCCAGCCGGUCCGACUUUCACUUCCAGUGGCCGCCUAAUCCGCAGCUCAGUGAACGAAGACUCCUUUGCGGCCAACAAUACCCACGCACCUAUAUCCAAAUUUAACGAGGCUAUGAUUGGAUCCCACACCGGAGGCGUCAUGUUUGCUAAGCGCAAAAAGUCUGCCUUCAAAGGCCCACACCUCACCGCUGGCCUGUUCACUCAGCCAUCAGGCCCGUCGCCCGGCAGUCCAGCGUUCUUUGGCCGCAAUCGGGAAGGCAGCGAUCACAGCACGAGCCGCCUCUUUGGCCGCAAUAAGAAAGCAGCCAAUUCCGGAGCUGUUGCAGGCUCAAUCGGCGGCAGUCUAGCCAUUCCGGAAGAGCCAAACACGCCCGGCAAGCGGAAAUCAGUGAUUGUGGAAGAGGAUGAAGACGAAGCAGAGGACUCCCACAACCACAACAUGCUAGCAGAGCAAGACGAGGACGAAGGAGAUGACGAAGACAAUCUCCCGAUCGAGGAAGUUGACGCCUUCGACGAACCCGUCCUCUAUCGAGGCGAGCGGCUCGACUCUAUCACAUACAUCGAUGGGCCUCCGCCGCUGCUUCGUGUCUCCAAAGCAGAUGAGCAUAAUCGUCCGACGAUGGACAGGCUCCCUAGUCAGGUGUUGUUUAGUCCAGGCGAGUCGCCUGCGUCGGGCACGCCGAUGACCGAAACGACACCGAAGAUGAGUCUGGAGGGAGCCUGGCGGCGAGCUACCGAAGUGGACCAGAGAGUCCUGGCGAAAAGGGCAGUAUAA